AUGGUUCUGUCCAAUCUCUUCAAGCCAAAACAGGCCUUCCCAUCCUCAACCAGUAUCUCGGAUGGCUCGUACUGCGCAAGUGCACUGGCUUCUGCGAUACGGCUUCGCCAAACUGACAGCGCAUUAGUCGCUUCGCCUCUGCUCGCGGUAAUCCUCGGCGCCAAGUUUCGCAGCGCUUGGGCGAAGACGACAGCCUACCUCAUCGGGUUUGGCGUGUGGCUUGUCGUGCUCUCCGUCAACGCAGAGGGCCUGUUCUACCUCGCCUACGCCGUGACCCUUCAGAUCUGGAUAGAACUGGAGACCUCCUUGCGAAAUGAACAACCCGUCGCAAAUAGUGGCGCGUACCGUUCGUUGAGGCUAGAGGAUCUGCGGAUUGCUGUUUUCUUCGUGUUCUUUGUUCAAUUUGCUUUCUUCGGUGCGGGGAACGUCGCAUCCAUAGUGCAGGUCAUUUCGCCUGAAGUUCAGUCCGUCGUCUCAUUCGUUGUUAGGUCGUUCUACCUCGAACCAGUAUAUCGACUGGUAAUCACUUUCAAGCCUUUCCUUGUAUUCGGGCUUCUGAUGGGGAAGGCUGUCAUACCCUACGUGAUCCUGUCAGUCUCGCUCGCGACGUUGAACGCGCGACUUCACCUACCGCCCUUCUCAAUCCUGCUUGUUGCGUUGCCCUUGACCGAUGUGGUUACCUUGACAUUCUUUUACCAAGUUUCGGACGUUGGAUCCUGGAUGGAAAUCGACCAGCCAGUCGGUCGCUUCUGUGUCACGUCCCUGCUCCUUCUCUGGUCUAUGGCCAUCUGUGCUGCAGGAGAGCACCUAAUGCCGGACCGCGAAAAGGUGGAUUGA